GGCUCCCGCAAUGGCCGUGGCUGGCUGCGCUGGGAGCUGCCGGGUCCGGGACUGGAGCUGCCAGGGUGAGUUCGCGCCCCGGAGGCUGAGGGCUGGCGCCGCUCGUGCUCUGUGCUCCAGGCUGCUGAUAUCCCCGGCCAGCCCCCGCGGCCCCGCAUCGCUGCCGACGGGAGUGUGGGGAGUCCUGUGCCCUAAAGGACUUCCUCCUCGGAGAAGGGAUAGCGAAAGACUGGAGGGGCGGGAAGAGAAGGGCCCUUUCCGCCUGUCGGGGUCGCGGUGCAGGACAGUGCCAUGCUGCUCUCCAUCCUGGCCGCGCUGUGCCUGUGGCUGCGCCUGGCGCUGGGCGUGCGCGGCGCGCCGUGCGAGGCGGUGCGCAUCCCCAUGUGCCGGCACAUGCCCUGGAACAUCACGCGGAUGCCCAACCACCUGCACCACAGCACGCAGGAGAACGCCGUCCUGGCCAUAGAGCAGUACGAGGAGCUGGUGGACGUGAACUGCAGCGCGGUGCUGCGCUUCUUUCUCUGCGCCAUGUACGCGCCCAUCUGCACCCUGGAGUUCCUGCACGACCCCAUCAAGCCUUGCAAGUCCGUGUGCCAGCGCGCGCGCGACGACUGCGAGCCCCUCAUGAAGAUGUACAACCACAGCUGGCCUGAGAGCCUGGCCUGCGAUGACCUGCCUGUGUACGACCGCGGCGUGUGCAUCUCGCCGGAGGCCAUCGUCACUGACCUCCCAGAGGAUGCCAAGUGGGUCGACAUUACACCAGACAUGAUGGUACAGGAAAGGCCUCUUGACGUUGACUGUAAACGCCUCAGCCCUGACCGGUGCAAGUGCAAAAAGGUGAAGCCAACUCUGGCAACAUAUCUGAGCAAAAACUACAGUUACGUCAUUCAUGCCAAAAUAAAAGCUGUGCAGAGGAGUGGCUGUAAUGAAGUAACGACAGUGGUAGACGUGAAAGAGAUCUUCAAGUCCUCAUCACCCAUCCCGCGAACUCAAGUCCCACUCAUUACGAACUCUUCCUGCCAGUGUCCUCACACACUGCCCCAUCAGGACGUCCUCAUCAUGUGUUACGAGUGGCGCUCACGGAUGAUGCUUCUUGAAAAUUGUUUAGUUGAAAAAUGGAGAGAUCAACUUAGUAAAAGAUCCAUACAGUGGGAAGAGAGACUACGCGAACAGCAGAGGACAAUCCAGGACAAGAAGCAAACAAGUGGGCGCACCAGUCGUAGUAAUCCUCCGAAACCAAAGGGGAAGCCCCCUGCUCCCAAGCCAGCCAGCCCCAAGAAGAACAUUAAAACUAGGAGUGCCCAAAAGAGAACAAACCCCAAACGAGUGUGAGCUAACUGCUUUCCAAAACAGAGACUUCUUCUCAGGGUGAGGCCAGGCGCUGCCCAGACAGCCUGCGGAAGGCACACGCCCCUUGCCUUAACAACUACAGCAUUCUUCAUAGAUACGUCUUGCAGCAUUUUUCCUAAUGAUAUGCUUCAGUUUUUCUUUUUAAGCCACGACAAGCCAUAGUGGUAGGUAUUCCCUUUGGUAUGGAAGGUAUAUGAAAGCUGGUCCAAAAAAGUUUACCGUGUUCAGAGUGGCCUAUGUGCAUACUCUGUGAAAGCUCCAUGUGGAGAAAUAUGCUUUUGUUCUUACAAUUUGACCUAAUGUGUGCACUGUAAAAUAAAUGCCAUAUUACAAAUAAAACACCUAAUUUUUGCACAAUAUGUUUUAUUUCAGUUUGACUUCUGUUGUUAGAAUCUUAGUGAUUUUUAAAAAUGUAAUUGAAAAUAUAAUGCUUCUAAGAAGGUAAGCAAAAGGAAUGAAUGUUUAAAAGAUUUUUAUAUGUUUACUGUUUGCAGAAGAAUUUUUGUGAUGAAGGGGGCCUCUGAACAAUCUAGAAAAGUAGGAUAUGGAAAAUUGUAAUGAGUUCUUUUUUACAGUGAAGAAUUUCUGCUCUGUUUUUAGCUAGAAACUCUAAAAAAUUAAAUCAUAAUAAUGACAAAUAAAUAAAAGGGAAAGACAG